UUCAUUUUGCUUGGACUAAAGAGCAACUAAAAAGUAUGUUAUUGCUUGGAGGGCUCUGGCAUGGGAGGGCAGGUGAAGAGAGGAGAUUGCGAAAAUGAACAGGGAGGAAGAGGGAGAGGGAGAUGGAGGGAGAGACGACAAUAAUGCGGUCACUCUAGCACUGACACUGAAAGAUGUUUUUGGGGACUCCGACUCUGAAGAUGAGUCGCAUCCGCUCUCCCGGCCUUCAAUUCGUUGCAAUCCACCCCCAAUGACAAAAAAACAACUCGCACAGAAUGUGUGGGAACCCGUUAAGGAGAUAAACGGGCUGUGGCUGUGCAGAAAUUUCCUUUCUCUCCAACAACAAAACGAUAUUCUUUAUUGUAUUCAACAGGAAAGAUGGUUUGAGGAACCUUCUAAAAACCAGGUUAUGCGGUUUGGGAAUUUGCCAGCAUGGGUGUUGAAACUUUCUGGACUAGUUCAAUGUGCCCUUUGUUCAUAUGGUGUUGUAUGCAAAAUAUGCAACAUUUCGACAAGUUGUGCUCAUGAUGAUGAGAAUUAUUGUCACCUUCCAGUAGAUUUGCUAUGGAGAGAACCACUUUUUGACCAAAUGAUUGUCAAUGCAUAUCAACCGGGUGAGGGAAUAUGUGCUCAUGUUGAUUUAGCAUGUUUCGAAGAUGGCAUUGCAAUUAUAUCAUUGGAGUCAGUAUGUGUGAUGGAGUUUACUCAUGAGAAUGACAAAGCAUUGCCAUCGAAGAAAAUUCCAGUCCUAUUGAAUGCAGGAGAUCUCCUUUUCCUAUGCGGGGAAGCUCGCUACAAUUGGUUGCAUGAGAUCAAUCGCAAGCCAGGGCAUCAAAUUUGGGAUGGUAAAGAAAUCAUUCAAACCAAAAGAAUUUCUAUAACCCUUAGGCGCCUUCGCCUUUCUCAUUUUCAAUAAUGAAGGGGGCUCUUCUUUUACUAUACUAUUCAUUUAGAUUUCAAACCUUAUCCAUUACAGGCACAAAGCAACAUCAUUUGAUAAAGAUAACAUAUUUGAUUAACUUAUGUUUAUUUAGUUUUACGGUGAAUAAAGUAUCCAUUUAAGCAAUUCCUAUGUCUUGUUUGUCAUUUUAUGAUUAGGCAAGCCAUAACGUGAAUGUAAUGGACAAAAAGACCUUUAGCACUUCGAAUUGAGAAGGCAUGCAUUAUUCUUAUCAUGCGUAGAAAUGCCAACAUGGAGGGAUGGUGUGGCUGUUUUUAUCA